UCAUUGUUCCACUGUUCGACUAUCAAUGUCCCACUGUUCCACCGUCAUUGUUCCACUGUUCCACCAUCUCUGUUCCACUGUUCCACUGUUCCACCGUUCAAACAUUGUUCCACUCUUCCGUCAUCUCUGUUCCACUGUUCCACCAUCUCUGUUCCACUGUUCCUCUAUCGCUGUUCCACUGUUCCAGCAUCAUUGUUCCACUGUUCCACCAUCAUUGUUCCACUGUUCAACCAUCUCUGUUCAACUGUUCCACCAUGACUGUACCACUGUUCCUUCAUCAUUGUUCUACUGUUCCACCAUCAUUUUUCCACUGUUCCACCAUCGCUGUUACACUGUUUCACCAUCUCUCUUCCACUGUUCCAGUACCAUUCUUCCACCAUCUCUGUUCUACUGUUCCACUGUUCCACCCUCACUGUUCCAGCCUUCCAUCAUUUCUUUUCCACUGUUCCACCAUCGCCGCUCCACAGUACGACAAUCAAUGUUCCAUUCUCCCACCAUCAUUUUUCCAUUGUUCCACCAUCUCUGUUCCACUGUUUCAGUAUCAUUCUUCAACCAUCUCUAUUCCACCGUUCCACCAUCUCUGUUCCACUGUUCCAUCAUCACUGUUCCACUAUUCCAAUAUUAUUAUUCCACUCUUCCGGUAUCUACUCUUUCACAGUUUCACCAUCACUGUUGCACUGUCCGGCUAUCAAUGUUCCACUUUUCUACCACCAUUGUUCCAUGGUUCCAUCAUCACUGAUCCAAUGUUCCACUAUCUUUGUUUCACUCUUCCUGUAUCAUUGUUCCACAAUCUCUGUUCCAAUGUUCCACUGUUCCACUGUUCCACCAUCACUGUCCACGGUUCCACUAUCACUGUCCCACCGUUCCACUAUCUCUGUUCCACUGUUCCACUGUUCCACUGUUCCACCACCACUAUUCUACUGUUCCACUGUUCCACCAUCACUAUUCCACUGUUCCACUGUUCCACUGUUCCACCAUCACCGUUCCACUGCUCCACCAUCUCUGUUCCACUGUUCCACUGUUCCACCAUCACUGUUCAACUGUUCCAACAUCUCUUUUCCAUGGUUCCGCCAUCAUUGUUGCACUGUUCAACCAUCUCUGUUCCACUAUUCCACCAUCACCGUUCCACUGUUCCACCAUCUCUGUUCCACUGUUCCACCAUCAUAUGUUCUACUGUUCCAUCUUCUCUGUUCCACUGUUCAAACAUUAUUGUUCCACUAUUCCGCCAUCACUGUUCUACUGUUCCAC